UGGCGCAAAGUCGGUCAUUCUAGUACUAUGCUCAAAUUAGUCACGACGUAAAUGAUAAAAGAACCUUCAAAAACUCAUACUCUCUCUUUUUUACAAAAACACAUCUCUCUGCCUCUGCAACUUAAAGGUCCUAACAAUGGCAGAGAGAACCCAAAAGCCGCAUGCAAUCUUCAUACCUUACCCUCUUCAAGGCCAUGUAAUACCAUCCGUGCACCUAGCCAUCAAGCUAGCAUCAAAAGGUUUCACCAUCACCUUCAUCAACACCCACGCCAUCCACCACCAGACUACCAAGGCCCAGCCUGAGGUAGAGCCGGACAUCUUUUCUACUGUCCGUGAAUCAGGCAUGGACAUACGAUACACUACGGUGUCUGAUGGGCUCCCUGUUGGGUUCGACCGGUCCUUGAACCAUGACCAGUUCAUGGCAGCCUUGUUGCAUGUGUUCUCCGCCCAUGUAGAGGACGUGGUGAGCCAAAUAAUACGGUCAGGUGAGAGGGUUCAUUGCUUGAUUGCUGAUACUUUCUUUGUAUGGCCUUCAAAGAUUGCAAAGAAGUUCGGAUUGCUUUAUGUCUCUUAUUGGACAGAACCAGCUUUGGUCUUUACAUUGUACUAUCACUUGGAUCUUCUUAGGGUAAAUGGUCAUUUUGGUUGUCAAGAUUGUCGUGAAGACACAAUAGAUUACAUACCAGGAGUUCCAGCAGUUGAACCGAGGGAUAUGAUGUCAUAUCUUCAAGAAACUGAUAUCACAUCAGUGUGUCACCAAAUAAUUUUCCAUGCAUUUGAAGAUGCAAAAAAUGCUGAUUUUGUUCUAUGUAACACAGUUCAAGAACUUGAACUUGCGACCAUAUCAGCUCUACGUGCCAAAGUCCCGUUUUAUGCCAUUGGGCCCAUUUUCCCACCUGGGUUCACCAAGAGUAUUGUGGCUACAAGCCUUUGGGCCGAGUCUGAUUGCACCCAAUGGCUAGACAAAAAGCCUCAUGGCUCAGUUUUGUACGUGUCUUUUGGUAGCUAUGCCCAUGUUAAAAAAACUGACCUAAUAGAGAUAGCUAACGGACUUUUGCUUAGCAAGGUGAAUUUUCUUUGGGUGCUUCGGCCUGAUAUUGUGAGCUCUGAUGAUGCUGAUCCCCUGCCCGUUGGAUUUAAGGAGGUGGUUGGUGACCGUGCGGUGAUCAUACCCUGGUGUUGUCAAAAUGCAGUGCUGGCCCACCAAGCAAUAGGAGGGUUUUUAACUCAUUGUGGCUGGAAUUCGAUACUUGAGAGUGCAUGGUGUAAAGUUCCCUUGCUGUGUUACCCUUUGCUAACCGAUCAAUUCACUAAUAGAAAAUUAGUGGUUGAUGAUUGGAAGACUGGAAUUAAUUUGAUCAACAAAAAACCCAUCACAAAGGAGGAAGUUUCUGAUAAUAUCAACCGUCUGAUGAGUGGAAAAUCAGGGGAUCAUUAUAGGAACAAGGUCAAGGAGGUGAAGGAAACAUUAGAAAAUGCAUUGACACCCAGUGGAUCAGCAGAGAAAAAUAUGGAUCAGUUCAUCAAGGAACUGAAGGAUAAGAUUCAAAUCAAACUCCCAAUAGCCUUGUAACAAUUAUCAUUCAUCAUUUGG